GGAAGCUACAGCUUAACUAGACGUGCGGAGAAGAUAUUUACUCUUAUUCAGAUAGCAUUCAAAUCAGAAUCUACAAUGGAUGACGAACAACUGCGAAAUAUUGCACAGCUUUUGGUGAAGAGUGUAAUAGAGAAAGCUGUUGAUAAAAUAAAUACCGAAACAAGGGAAAUAAACGAAGGUCUUGACCAGGGAGUUGAUGAUAUUGUAGGGCUGACCAUCGGACGGUCAAUCAACGCCAUCCGCGAUUGUCAAAGUUCACCAACUGAUACUAAGAUGGAGGGAUUGGCCGGACAAUUUGAUAAGGAAGUAGACGACAUUGUAGGGCUGACCAUUGGACGGUCAAUCAUGGCCAUACGCAAAGGUCAAAGUUCACCAACUGACAAUAAGAUGGAGGGAAUGCUUGGACUUCACAAAACCUUGGUUACUGCAACACCGGAAGUAACAACUGGCGCUACAGGAAUCUUAAUCCUUAAAGACGACAAGCCGACAGAACUAAAGAAAGCGCACCUAACUACAACGCAUGCGCAGAUGAACAUGGCCUCCAACAAGAAGAAUGUACUGGGCCGAUUGUUGGACAGGAUCCUCAAGAGAGACAAGAAAGAGGUCAAGGAAAUCGAUACUGCUACAGCUGGUGGCAGCACCAACACCUCAGUCGGUGAAAAGAAGAAGAGCGCAUCCAAGGCCCAUAACAAGAGAGACUGGAUACGUAGAAAUCUCCUGUGCUGCUUCGUCAGACAGACUGCCACAGUUGAGCCUCUAUUCGAAUAAAUACUUAAAGCGAAACAAGUCAUGGACAUUAUUAAGAAAAGAGGUCUGUUUUGAAAAAUGUGUUCGGGAAGUCGGAACAUGAUGUGAC